CGGAGACUGGGAGCGAAAAAUCCGGGAUCCGGCAACUUUGGUCGCGCAUGCGCGCCCGCGGCGCUCCAUCCCAAACACACACACAUUUUUCCCCGGACUUGGAAAGUCACCCAAAGCCGCCCCAAGUGCAGGCACACAGACCUUGCUGACGGAAGGCGGACCCCCUCAACCCCACCUGCCCUCCGACUGCCUCAGCCACCCACUCCUCCUUCCCUGGGGGACCCCGAAGCUGCCCAGCGUGCAUUGGAAUGACUUCGGACCCUGGCCUCUUGGAACGCAAAGGAUGAAGUGACGCCCCAGUUGUGUCUGAGGAACCUCUAGGACCCGCUGAGAGUUUGGGACCAAGGAGCGGAGAAUGGAUCUUGGAACAGCUGAAGGCACCCGGUGCACCGACCCACCAGCAGGCAGGCCUCCCAUGGCAGCCAAGCGCAAAGGCGGCCUGAAGCUCAACGCCAUCUGUGCCAAGCUGAGCCGACAGGUGGUCGUGGAGAAGGGAGCAGAGGCUGGCCCCCAAGCUGAAGGUAGCCCACUCCGUCCCCGGGACAAAGAGCACAGUGGCCCCGAGUCUGGGGUGACCCGGGCUCCCCGAAGUGAAGAAGACAAGAGGCGGGCAGUGAUCGAGAAAUGGGUCAAUGGGGAAUACAGUGAGGAGCCUGCACCCACGCCAGUGUUGGGGCGCAUUGCCCGUGAGGGCCUGGAGCUACCCCCGGAGGGCGUCUACAUGGUCCAGCCACAGGGCUGCAGCGAUGAAGAAGACCACGCAGAAGAGCCCUCAAAGGAGAGCAGUGUCCUGGAGGAAAAGGACUCAGAUGGAACGGCUUCCAAGGGUGACGGCGGCCCCAGUGCCAAGCAGGCUUCAGGAGAGGCCUCUUCUUUGAGGGACUACGCUGCUUCCACCAUGACCGAAUUCCUCGGCAUGUUUGGCUACGAUGACCAGAACACCAGGGAUGAGCUGGCCAGGAAGAUCAGUUUUGAGAAGCUGCAUGCAGGCUCGACCCCCGAGGUGGCCGCCGCUUCCAUGUUACCCACCUCUGAGGAUACCCUCAGCAAGCGGGCACGUUUCUCCAAGUAUGAGGAAUACAUCCGCAAACUCAAGGCCGGCGAGCAGCUGCCCUGGCCAGCCCAUGGCAGCAAGGCUGAGGACCGCGCAGGCAAGGAGCUGGUGGGCCCCUUGCCCAGCCUACGGCUACCCAGCCACACCGCCCACCUGGAAACCAAGGCCACCAUCUUGCCGUUGCCGUCCCACGGCAGUGUCCAGAUGCAGAACCUGGUAGCCCGUGCCUCCAAGUAUGACUUCUUCAUCCACAAACUGAAGACGGGCGAGAACCUGAGGCCCCAGAAUGGAAGCACUUACAAGAAGCCAUCCAAGUACGACCUGGAGAACGUCAAAUACCUGCACCUCUUCAAACCCGGGGAGGGAAGCCCUGACAUGGGCGGGGCCAUCGCCUUCAAGACAGGCAAGGUGGGGCGCCCUUCCAAGUACGACGUGCGGGGCAUCCAGAAGCCAGGCCCUACCAAGGUUCCGCCCGCCCCCAGCCUGGUUCCUACACCCAUCGCCAGUGUGCCCAGUGGUUCCAGUGCCCCUGGACCUGGACCUGAGCCGCCCACCUCCCUGUCCUUCAACACUCCCGAGUACCUGAAGUCAACCUUUUCCAAAACGGACUCCAUCACCACGGGAACUGUCUCCACCGUCAAGAAUGGAUUGCCCACAGAUAAACCAGCUGUCACCGAAGAUGUAAACAUUUACCAGAAAUAUAUUGCCAGGUUCUCAGGAAGUCAACACUGCGGCCACAUCCAUUGCGCCUACCAGUACCGAGAGCACUAUCACUGCCUGGACCCAGAAUGCAACUACCAGAGGUUCACAAGUAAGCAGGACGUGAUCCGGCAUUACAACAUGCACAAGAAGCGCGACAACUCCCUGCAGCACGGCUUCAUGCGCUUCAGCCCGCUGGACGACUGCAGCGUCUACUACCACGGCUGCCACCUCAACGGGAAGAGCACCCACUACCACUGCAUGCAGGUGGGGUGUAACAAGGUAUACACAAGCACCUCGGACGUGAUGACCCACGAGAACUUCCACAAGAAGAACACCCAGCUCAUCAACGACGGCUUCCAGCGCUUCCGAGCCACGGAGGACUGCGGCACAGCCGACUGUCAGUUCUAUGGACAGAAGACCACACACUUCCACUGCAGGCGCCCGGGCUGCACGUUCACCUUCAAGAACAAAUGUGACAUCGAGAAGCACAAGAGCUACCACAUCAAGGACGACGCCUACGCCAAGGACGGCUUCAAGAAGUUCUACAAGUACGAGGAGUGCAAGUACGAGGGCUGCGUGUACAGCAAGGCCACCAACCACUUCCACUGCAUCCGUGCCGGCUGCGGCUUCACCUUCACCUCCACCAGCCAGAUGACCUCGCACAAGCGCAAGCACGAGCGCCGGCACAUCCGCUCCUCGGGUGCCCUGGGGCUGCCGGCCUCGCUGCUGGGCACCAAGGACACGGAACAGGAGGAGUCCAGCAACGACGACCUUGUGGACUUCUCUGCCCUGAGCAGCAAGAACUCCAGCCUCAGCGCCUCCCCCACCAGCCAGCAGUCUUCUGCGUCCCUGGCCGCCGCAGCCUCUGCCACCACCACCGAGGCUGUGCCCGGCGCCGCCAAGCCUCCCAAUAGCAAGAUGGCAGGCCUGCUGCCCCAGGGCCUGUCUGGGUCCAUUCCCCUAGCAUUGGCCCUCUCCAACUCAGGCCUGCCCACCACCGCACCCUACUUUCCUCUCCUUCCUGGCCGUGGGAGCACCUCACUGCCUGUGGGAUCUCCGGGGCUCCUGGGCUCCAUGUCCACUGGGGCCGCAGCCACAGCAACCCCUGACAUGCCGGCUCUGGUGGCUUCCGGAGCUGGAGACGCAGCCCCCACAGCUGCUACCUCUCUCUCGGUGCCCCCUGCCUCCAUCAUGGAGAGGAUCUCUGCGAGCAAAGGCCUCAUCUCACCCAUGAUGGCUAGACUGGCUGCGGCCGCCCUCAAGCCCUCUGCCACCUUUGACCCAGGAAGUGGGCAGCAGCCCACCCCCACCAAGUUCCCCCAGGCCCAGGCGAAGCAGGAGCCUGACAGUGCUGGCACCCCAGGCCCCCACGAGGCCUCCCAAGACCGCAGUCUAGACCUGACUGUGAAGGAGCCCAGUAAUGAAUCAAAUGGCCACGCAGUCCCGGCAAAUUCAUCUCUUUUAUCCUCGCUUAUGAAUAAGAUGUCUCAGGGCAACCCCAGCCUCGGAAACCUGCUGAACGUCAAGACGGAAGCGGAGGGGAGCCCCGCCGGGGAGUCCUCGCCUUUCCUGGGGAAGGCUGUGAAGGCGCUAGUCCAAGAGAAGCUGUCAGAGCCCUGGAAGGUCUAUCUGCGCAGGUUUGGUACCAAGGACUUCUGUGAUGCCCAGUGUGACUUCCUCCACAAGGCCCAUUUCCACUGUGUGGUGGAGGAGUGCGGUGCGCUUUUCAGCACCCUGGACGGGGCCAUCAAGCAUGCAAACUUCCACUUCCGGACGGAGGGAGGAGCAGCAAAGGGAACCAUGGAGGCUUCCUUCCCAGCCUCUGCUGCCGAGACCAAACCUCCCUUGGCACCCUCGUCCCCACCGGCACCUCCUGGCACCAUGGUCCCUGGGCCUUCUUUGGAGGGGCCCACUCCCAGCCCAGUCUCCGUGCCCUCCACUCCCACCCUGCUCGCCUGGAAGCAGCUGGCUUCCACCAUACCCCAGAUGCCUCAGAUUCCCUCGUCAGUGCCUCACCUGCCCACUUCGCCCCUGGCGACGACAUCUCUAGAGAGCGCCAAGCCUCAGGUCAAACCCGGGUUCCUCCAGUUCCAGGACAACGAUCCAUGCCUGGCCACGGACUGCAAAUAUGCCAGCAAGUUCCACUUCCACUGUCUCUUUGGGAACUGCAAGUACGUCUGCAAGACCUCGGGCAAGGCUGAGUCCCACUGCUUGGACCACAUCAACCCCAGUAACAGCCUGGUGAACGUGCGAGACCAGUUUGCCUACUACUCUCUGCAGUGUCUCUGUCCCAACCAGCACUGUGAGUUCCGGAUGCGCGGGCACUACCACUGCCUGCGGACGGGCUGCUACUUUGUCACCAACAUCACGACCAAGCUUCCGUGGCAUAUAAAGAAGCAUGAGAAAGCCGAACGGCGGGCAGCCAACGGGUUCAAGUACUUCACGAAGCGCGAGGAGUGCGGAAGGCUAGGCUGCAAGUACAACCAGGUCAACAGCCACUUCCACUGCAUCCGGGAAGGCUGCCAGUUCUCCUUCCUCCUCAAGCACCAGAUGACCUCGCAUGCCCGGAAGCACAUGCGGAGGAUGCUGGGCAAGAACUUCGACCGCGUGCCCCCAUCCCAGGGUCCCCCAAGCCUGAUGGAUGCCGAGACGGACGAGGGCGUGGAUUACACCGGCUGCAGCCCUGGUGCCGCGUCCUCCGAGUCAUCCACCAUGGACCGCAGCUGCUCCAGCACCCCCGUGGGCAAUGAGAGUACCGCAGCAGGGAACACCAUCUCCAUGCCGACGGCCUCAGGGGCUAAAAAGCGCUUCUGGAUCAUCGAGGACAUGUCUCCCUUCGGCAAGCGGAGGAAGACGGCCUCCUCUCGGAAGAUGCUGGACGAGGGCAUGAUGCUGGAGGGCUUCCGGCGCUUCGACCUCUACGAGGACUGCAAGGACGCAGCCUGCCAGUUCUCGCUCAAGGUCACCCACUACCACUGCACGCGGGAGAACUGCGGCUACAAGUUCUGCGGGCGCACGCACAUGUACAAGCACGCGCAGCACCACGACCGCGUGGACAACCUGGUGCUGGACGACUUCAAGCGCUUCAAGGCCUCGCUCAGCUGCCACUUCGCCGACUGCCCGUUCUCGGGCACCAGCACGCACUUCCACUGCCUGCGCUGCCGCUUCCGCUGCACCGACAGCACCAAGGUCACGGCGCACCGCAAGCACCACGGCAAGCAGGACGUGAUCAGCGCCGCCGGCUUCUGCCAGUUCAGCUCCAGCGCCGACUGCGCCGUGCCCGACUGCAAGUACAAGCUCAAGUGCUCGCACUUCCACUGCACCUACCCGGGCUGCCGCCACACGGUGGUGGGCAUGUCGCAGAUGGACUCGCACAAGCGCAAGCACGACAAGCAGGAGCGCGGGGAGCCCCCCGCCGCCUCGCCGGGCGCGCCCGUCGGCCUGGACGGCUCGCUCACGCUGGCGGCCGAGCAGGGCUCGCUGCUCUUCCUGCAGACGGCGGCCGCGGGGCUGGGCCUGCUGGGGGACGCGGCGGACCCCGGGCCGCCCGCCGCCGCGCUCGGGCCCCGAGACGGGCCUGCGGCGCCUGCCCCCGCCCCCGCCGCCGCGGCCGGGGAGUCCUCCCAGGAGGACGACGAGGAGGAGCUGGAGCUGCCUGAGGAGGAGGCCGAGGAGGACGACGAGGAGGACGACGACGACGAGGACGACGACGAGGAGGAGGAGGACGACGACGACGACGAGGACCUGCGCACCGACUCGGAGGAGUCGCUGCCCGAGGCUGCGGGCGAGGCCGGGCCGCGGACCGCGCUGGCGGCCCUGGCUGGGCCCGGGCCCGCGCCCGCCGCCGCGUCGCCCUAGCCGCGCCGCGCCGGCCCCUCGAGGAGCGCUCUGGAUGCGACCCCUGUGCACAGCCCCCGCCGCGCCGCCCCGGGGAGGGAGGCGCCCUGCCCCGCCGGUGCUUCCGGACCCCCGGUCCGUCUCAGGGCAGAGGCGGGGACCCCCUGGUGCUCCGGGCGCGCCCUCCCGGCCCGCGCGGCGGGUGUUCAGGGAACAGCAGGUGCUGUGUCGGGCGGCCUCGCUGACCUGCGUUCCUCCCGGCCCCACCCCCCGCUCGGGGGCUCCCGCGGGGUCACCGGGUUGGGGGCAGCAGGCGCCGGUAGCAUCUGGCUGCCCCCACCCCCACCCCGUGCAGCUAAGACCUCCCCCGCCCGGGGAAGGGUCGCCGAAGACGGUCGGCAUCAGCCGGAGACACUACAGACACGAGGAGGGACCGGCCCGCGCGCCUGCGCUCCCGCCGAGGGCUGGCGACGGCCGGGGCGGCUGCGGAGGUCAGGCGCCAGCCCACCCGCCAGCGAGCCGAGCCGUGGCCCCAAGCAGGCACAGCGGCCGGGCCCGGAGGCCGAGGGUCCCCAGCACUCUGGUGCAAGCAGGAAGGAUGCGACAGUUUUUGGCUUUAAUAAUCAAAAUAGAAAAAAAAAACCCAAGAAAGUUGUACAGUAUUUUUUCCUGUAAAGGUUAUUAUUCUACAUAGAACAAAAAGAGAAGAAGGGGGUUUAAAAAAAAAAAAGAGAGAGAGAGAAAAGCAGGUGGGUGCAAGAGAGCUCCAGACCAGCCCUGGGAUUGGGGACCUGAGUGCAAUUUCUCCUGUGGAAUUGUUUAGCAUUUAUUUGAGAAGCCUCGUUCGAGGCUUUGUCUUCACACUAGCACUGAUGGGGGCUGCGUGAUUCCAACUUUUAACUUGAAUUUUGUAGAGACGAGGAAAAAAAAAAGACUAUUCUCUUGAUACAAGUUUGUAGCUAAUUUAACAUUUGAGGGUUUUUCUGUUGGUUAUGUGUGUGGCUUUAUAGGGCUUUUUUUUUUUUUUUUCUUGUUUCAGUUUUGUUAUAAUUAUUUUGUUUGGGAUGCUUUUGUGCCGGUGCAGCCCACCCAGAUUCCGUUCCUUUUCCAAAAUACCCCUUUCCUGGAGGCCACGAGGCUCACCUGCAGGCACCGCGCCAGGGCCUGCUCGGUCCGCAGUGGGGGCCGGCUGCCCGAGGCCAGGCUUGGGGUGUAAACCUGUGCGGUCCAGGUUCUGGCCCAUCAGGCUGGGGACAACAGGCUGGUCCAGCCAACAGAGAGGGGUCUGGAGCCCCACCAGGAAGCCCCCUCCCACGGGCUGCAAGGGGGGAACCUGCCCAGAUGGGACAGUGAUUUUAUCUGUGUGCGUGUGUUCGUGUGUGUGUGUGUUGUGUGUGUGUGCGUGUGUGUGUGUGUGUGUGUAUGUCCUCUUGGCUGCCCACAGGCAGAAAGCCAGGAGCGUCUGAACUGGAGAGGGAGCAGGGAGGGCGCAGAGGUGAGAUGAGAGUACCCAGUUCAACAGGAAACACGCUGAUCUCUGAACAGCCCCGGCCAGAGCCGCCAUGCUGCUGCUGAGAGUUCGCCCAGAUUCUGACCUACCGCGGGACCCUGCCUCUGUGGAAGGGGGUUUGUAAUGGAAAAAUAAAAAGAUAAAAGAUUUUAAAAAAACAAAACAUUUUUCAAUGUAGCAAAAUCAAACAGAAAAUUUAAAAGAAAAAAAAAAAAGAAGAUGCGGAGAGCGCGAAGCCUAGCCUUCUGUAAGCUUCAUAUUGCACAUUAGGACUAUAAGCCAUUGCUAGCUCAUUUUGAAUUUUAAUGUGUAAUUUUUGUUUUACUUUCUUUCUGUGAGGAAAACGAUGCCUGAUCCACCGAUGCUCUUUUUAAUGUUUUAUAACUAUGUAUGUGUAUAUAUAUAAAUAUAAAAGUAAUAUGUAUGCACAUAUGUGUGUAUAUAUCUAUAUGUAUAUACAUAUAUAGAUAUAGAGAGAUAUAUAGAGAGGUUUUGAGACAAAAAAAAACAAAAAAAAAACUGCAGACCGUGAAAGAGAACUGAACAGCGCGUGCUCUGAUUACUUGAAUCUGGUCUCCUCGGCACCUGGUUAUUAAGAACUGAAUAUUUUUCCACUUGAAUUUAGUGCUAUUAGAAAUUUAAUAUAUGUGUUUUAUUUAUUUGAUUUUUUUUUGCAUGACUGAUGCAAGGUUUGACAUUUUCACUCAAUAAAAACUGGAAAAAAACUA